AUGAUCGCCAACUCGGCAGGAACCGAGCGCCAUUUCAGCAAGCUCGGCCAUAUCUACCAGGACAAACACCGCAGCCUGCUCGCUCCCGAACGCGCCCACAAGAUUGCGCUCGUCAACAACGCUGUCCGGUCGGAGUUUCCGCGCAAGGCUCGGGCCAAGCGCGCUUUCAUUGCACCCACUCCGCACCCCGAAGCGCAGACUCCCGCUGUGCGUGCAUCCGAGGACAGCGAAGACUCGGAUGAAGAAGAUGAAGAGGCACGCGAGCUUGGUGCAGGGCCAGCCCUCAUCCGCGAGCUGCGCUCGCUGCUGCAAGAUGAGGUCCCCGAGGACGUCGAGCUCCCUUACGACGCCGCAGCGAGUGAAGGGGAAAUCCAGGCUCGUCGGGCCAGGAUCCGCAUACAUUUCGGCACCGAGGAACUCAUCCCCCUGGGUGAGAUCUUCGACUUCGAUGCAUCGGAGAGCCCCUGGGGUGGCACGUUGUCGAUGUACGAGACAAUCUCGAAGCAGGGUGUGGAUGUGCAGCUGGAUUUGCUCGACGCGGAGGCUCUGGGCGUCCCGGAGGGUCAGAAUGCAGGCUCGCACGAUGCACCGUUGGUGAUAGACUAG